CACACGUUUUGCCGAUGGGGAGACAUUGUAUUUAUUAUCAGAGAUUGCCGUUAUUAUCAAUAGGGAACCACGUGAAAUGACAAGUGUGCCGAGAUGGCCGGAAGAAAGGAGACGUUCUCGCCUUUUUUGAGACAAUGUUUCGUGACGGGAGCUGUGUGUUGCAAUAUCGUGGGCCACGGCUGCACGCUGGGCUACCCCGGGAUCCUCUUGCCUCAGCUGAAAUACCCUGGGAGUGCAGUCACCAUCACUGAGGCUGCAGAGUCUUGGCUAGCUGCGGUGACGGGCAUCUUACUCCUUGUGGGCAGUUUCGUGGCGCCUCCCAUCAUGUCGCGUUUUGGCCGCAAGAUAGUCCAUCUGGCACUGACAGCGCCAAGUUUAGUGGGCUGGGUCAUCACCAUCUUGGCAGUAAACUUCGAGAUGCUGCUCAUCGGCAGAAUUCUGCAAGGCCUAUCGUUUGGCAUGAUGGUGCCGGUCCGCUCCGUUCUCAUCGGAGAAUACACCAGUCCCAAGAACCGCGGCGCCUUCCUCACCCUGGUAGCCUUAGCCCAGGCCUUCGGUAUCUUUUUCGUCCAUCUACUAGGCUCCCUCAUAGACUGGCAACAAACAGCCCUCGUUUGCGUCUUUUUCCCUUUCUUUAGUCUCCUAAUGGCCAUCUACGCCCCAGAAUCUCCAAGCUGGCUCGCUUCCAAACGACAAUACGACAAAUGCAGAAAAGUAUUUAAGUGGCUCAGAGGUUACGAUGAAGACGACGAGCUGGAAGAGAUGAUACACGCAAGAAUACUCAUCGAAAAAGCGGCGAACAGAGAAAACGAGAGAAAAGAGAACUUAUUCAAGCAAGCGAUAUCGACUAUACAAAAGAAAGAGUUCUACAAACCAAAUCUUCUCAUGAUAUCCGCUUUCUGCAUGAUCCAAUUUGUGGGCGGGACCACUAUGGCUGCGUACUCCACUGUCAUCAUCCGUUUGAUAGUAGGACCUGAUGCGAAUGCGCAUUUCUGGAUGAUAGCAUUGGACACGCAGAGACUUGUAUCGAAUGCGAUUGCAGUGUUUGUGAUUAACAAGGUGAACAGGCGCACUAUGAUGUUCUCUUCUGGCAGUCUGUGUGUGUUGAGUCACAUGGCCAUUGCUGGUUAUGUGUACGCCAGGAAUAAGGGCAUACUCCCGUACGACGCCCAAUGGAUCCCUUUGCUGUUAAUAAAUGUCCAAUUCUUUACAGUAGCUGUGGGUAUGAUCCCAUUGCCGACUAUUAUAGCUGGGGAAGUGUUCCCGUUGGAAUAUAAAGCUAUCAGCAGUACAAUCAGUACUUGGUCUCUUUCAGUUUUCAUGUUUCUAGCCCUCAUGACGUUUCCUUCUUUAACUAACAACAUAGGAAUCGAAGGGACUUACUUCGUGUAUUCAGGUCUGAUAACACUAAACCUGGUGGUGAUUUGGUUCCUGAUGCCGGAGACUAAGGGCAGGACUUUGCAGCAGAUAGAAGAUGAGUUUAGAGGGAGAAAGUUGGGUGGAACUGAUGAAAAACCUACGGAGUUGGAUCCGGUAACGUUGUAUAGACGUAGGAAGUCUGAACGAAGGUGCAGCAGCCCAUUAUUGCAUUAAAGAUGAAAUCUAUGGAAUUAUUAAUUCAAAAUGAACCUUAAUAAAAGCUUUAAUAAGAUUUAAUGUGCUUAGAUCGAUGAAUAUGGAUGAAGCGGAAAUUUUUCAGGGAUCGCGACAAGUGGAAAGAUGAAACCUCUGUCUACCCUUUAGGGAGAGGCGUAAUUUUAUCGUAUGUAUAUAAGUACGUUAACGAAGUUUGGUGAAAAUUUCUUAGCCCAUCGCCUACAAGAAGCAUCCCAAGUCUCUCCCUUAGUCGCCAUUCACGACAUCCAUGGGAAAGUUAUAGAGUAGUCCAUUUCUAAAGUGCCGCGGGAACACCAGCAUUAUAUAACAAUUAUGUAGUAAUUAUAUCAUACCGCACAAAAUCAUUCAGAUUUAUUAUUCAAGAUAAUUAUUGAUAAGUUAUCGUUGAUAACGUUAAUGUGGGUCUAGGACUGAAGUCGGACGUGAAGAGCUCGUGGCAGUGAAAUGAAUCUGUUGAAUGAUUGUUUGUUUGUUUGUUGAUUUCUUUUAUUAUGACUACCGAACUCAAUAAAGUCUAUAAGUCAGUUA